AUGGAGAUGACCGCCACCUCGAACGUCGACUCGCCGCGCAAGGUUUCGUUUGAAGUGUCGGCGGCGGCCCCGGCCUUCAGCUUUGAGCCGACACCGACGGAGUCGACGACGUUUGGUCAAGACACGGACAAUGUCUUCAACGACGAGAGCGACGACGACGACGAAGACGACGAAGAAGCGCGACUGGAAGAGCGCGAGAACGCGGUGAACGCCUUUGACAGUGUGGACACUGCUGACGCCGGCGAGAUUGAUGUUGCGGACUUUCCCAAGAUCUUUGAGGCACUCGGCACGGUCUAUUCGGAAGACGAGCACGCGCGGACGAUUCAAAAGCUCGCAAACGACGGCCGGAUUGCCAAGACAGACUUUGUCGAGUGGUAUUUGCACUGGAUUUUCGACGAAGCCGCUUCCGAGUCGGAC